AUGACAUAUUUAGUCGAUCUUCCUCGAGUCCUCAAAAAGGAGAUUACCUUGGGAAGAACACAGUCCAAUUUGGACGAGGAUAUCAUCCAGCCUUCGGUGUCUCCGGGCAAGGUGGCAUACAUACCUGAGGAGGCCCUGAAACCGUCAGGGGAGACCAAAUCUUACUGGCCAAUUUUCACUGCCGGUGCUGGACUCUUCUCUGAUGGCUACGUGAACAACUCCGUUGGUACAGCCACCACCUGUCUGAAGAUGAUUUACGGUACCGAGGCGUUUACCAAGUCGAACGCCAUGAACAACGUCUCCUCCAUCGCGUUUGUGGGAACAGUUGUUGGUCAGCUAUCUUUUGGAGUCUUUUCUGAUUACGUCAGUAGAAAAGCAGGUAUGCUUAUCUCUUCUGCAGGUCUUAUUUUUUUCGCAAUUCUGUCCGCUGGCUCGUGGGGUGUCGGAACAGAAGCCAAAUAUGGCGGGAACCCAGGAGGCCUCUUCUCGGCCCUGACAUGUUAUAGAUUUUUCCUUGGUAUUUUUAUCGGUGCGGAGUACCCAACAGGAUCGGCAGCUUGUGCCGAGGCUUCUGCACUCUUGCCAGCAGGACAUAGAAACAGAUGGUUCGCCUGGUUCACGAACUUCAUGAUCGACUUUGGCUACGUCGUGUCUGCCUUUGUGCCAAUGGUUUGUUUGUGGAUUUUCAAGCCAGACAACCUGCAGCCUGUCUGGAGAAUUACGCUAGGCCUUGGUGCUAUUCCUCCUCUGUCUCUGUUUUUACUUAGAUUGAAGUUCAAGGAAAACCAGCAGUUCCAGAAAACCAACUUCAAACAUGUUCGGGUUCCUUGGCUCCUCAUUCUGAAGUAUUACUGGUUCAGACUUUUGAUUGUCAUGGUGAUCUGGUGGAUCUACGAUUUCUCGGCAUAUGCGUUCGGAAUCUACUCCUCCACCAUUUUCUCACUUAUCAUUCCAGACGGCGAUCUCUACAAGACGUUCGGCUGGAACGUGGUGUUCAAUCUGUUCUACAUUCCAGGCGCCUUCCUGGGUGCCAUUGUGGCGGAUUACCUUGGCCCAAGACUCACGUUGGUUAUUGGUGUUUUCUGCCAAGCUAUCAUUGGUUUUGCCAUGGCAGGCUCUUUGAGCACCCUGAAAGAACACAUUGCUGGCUUUGUUGUCGUGUACGGUAUAUUUAUGACUUUCGGAGAGUUUGGUCCAGGUGACCAGAUCGGUCUGCUUGCCUCCAAAACGUGUGCUACUCCUGUGCGUGGAGUCUACUAUUCUAUCGCUGCUGCAUUUGGAAAAAUCGGUGCUUUCUGCGGAACCUGGGCGUUCCCAAGUUUCCAGGCUAACUACAGUGGAGACAUGGGACUCAAGGCUCCGUUCUAUCUGGCGUCUGCGCUGGCCAUCGUCGCUGGUUUGUUAGCUCUUUUCCUGCUUCCACCUGUUGACCAAGAAGCCAUGCAAAGAGAAGAUGUCAAUUUCCUGAGAUAUCUCCAGGAGAACGGCUUUGAUAUUUCUCAGCUUGGUGGAGGCCGGCUUGGUGAGGUUAUCAAGAGCUUUGAGACUGUGCAUGAGGAGAUCGACAAUCCCAAGGUUUCUGAGUGA